CAACAGUGAGAAUUUAAAAAAUGCGGGCUAGUAACCUAGCUGCUAGUUAUAUUUUGGAUGUGUCAAAAUUCGUUCGACCAUGGCUUCUUUUAAUUUAUUGCAGCACGCAGAUCGAAACUUCCAAUCCCCUGCUAAGGUGUUUGCAAUGCUAAAAUCCAAAGUUCAGAAGGAAGCGAAGUGCGCAAAGGAGGGACUUUUUAUAAGUCAGGAUAUAUCGUGUAACGUUAGCGAAACGCACGGAGCAGAACUUUACUCGCCCAGGGAAAAUGCAGCGAAUUCCCGGAUCGCGGAAGAGCUCAAUGAGAAUAAUAGGAAUAGUAGCUAUCGUAAUGAAGCGCAGGCCUUGACUUUGUCGCCCAUAUCGAGCCCUAAAAAAUAUACCUGCUCAGUCAUCAGCGGCAGACGUCUGGAGGAGACGUCUCCGGGAAAUGAAAAUGUACGUGGAUACACACGAAGAGACAGAUUUGUCAUGGAGUCAACCGCUAUUUCUCAGUCCCUCUCUGUAGUAAACAGAAAUCACAUCAUCGACACGGGAGGUUUAAAUGUGCCCAACAGAACUCCAGUGAAGAGACCAGUGGAAAACUAUGGGAAGAAUGUUCUUUAUGCUAAAUGUGGUCCUCUCAGCAAAGCUAUGUCUCCGGGAAAAGCCUAUUCCCCAGUGGAGAAUAGCUUGCGAAAAUGGGAGCAACAACAAUUUCGUAAAAACUGUAGAAUCACUGAGAGAAAUGACGACAUGCAGUCGCCGCAACAAAGGAAAACCUCUGCUCAAGCUGAGGACUACACCAACAACAACAGUUGCAUGCAGGAUUUUGGAGGAUUGUCCUCUAACCAACCAGAGAUGCUGCAUGAGCCCAUGUUCCCACCAAGAUCCCCCAUAGGGAAAUGUUUAAGUGUUAUUCAGAGAACACUUCCUACAAUGUCUCCUGCCAAGAUGUUUGCUUACAUGAAGGAGAGGGAAAACAAAAAGGAACAGCAGGAUGUUCAGAACAGUUGCAAAAUGGACCUCUUUGGUCCAGGAAACCUGCAUCAUUCAGGAGACGCUCCUCUCUCCACAGCACACAAUAGGGGUGAGAUGGAGAACAUUGCCCUUGAAAGUGUUAAAAAAAGGGAGCUUCAAAUUCGCCUGUGCAGAAUAGACUCAGAUGUCUUCCCAUCAGACCCUGGCUGCUCUGCUGAUGUCUCGGUCCCUGCUGCACCACCUCAGCCUGUUUUAUUGGAAGACUCACAACUGCUCAAUUCUCCGCAAAUUUCCAUACCAAAGGCACAAGACUCCAUGUUCAAGCGCAGCUGUGGGCUCAAGCAAAAAAAAAUCCCACUUGAAAACGUGAUUUAUCUCAGAAAGUGGUUCCUGAGGAAAAAUCAUCAGGGCCUGUUUGUUAAUGGAAUCCAUGAUGAAGACAACAUACCAUGGAACAGCAACAUCAUAGUGGACAGAAUUUCCAACUCUGUGCUGAAGACGGUCUCUGGCAGAGUUUACAUCUUAGUCGGGAACAUGAAGAUGGAUGUUGCUUCUGAGUUUCCAAAGUGGCUUUUGAAAAAGUUUGCAAGUGGUUUUCCCCAAAACUGGAAGACACUUUAUGAGAAGUUUCUGCAGGAGUCAAAAGAAACAGAGAGAAAGAAUGACAGGAAAGACAUCAAAGCAAAAACGAAUCCGGAAGCGUCCUCCAUCAUCCGUUCUGUCAAAGGUCACAAACAAAGGUCCACAAGGACACCUGAGUUUUUUUCCCCCACACACUCCUUUUCUACACAAGUGUCUCGAAGUGGCCGAUUGAUCAAGCCACCUCUGGACUACUGGAAAGGAGCGAGAGUCAUUCUAGAUGCGCAGAUGAAUGUUAUUGUCCAUGAAGGCUACGAUACUUUCCAGUCUGAUACCUCUGUAAAAGUAUCUCCCAGGGCAACACCGAAGCCCGUCUGUGUGAUUGUUCCCAGUUGUAAAGGUUCGAAGCAAGGCGAAUCAGCUAAAGACAAAAGAACUUCAGUGCCAGAGAAAAGAGUCAAUGAAGUCCGCAACAGUAGGAAAGCUGUGGUUAGCCCUUAUAAGAAGCCCACCACUUUAAUAGAACCUACUGUGGAGAUGCUUAGCAGCCCUGAGGAGUGGUGUGGUAGAAGAACAACGUCCAGCCAAAGAGAAAGAAGGUUGUAUGUGAAUGCUGCCCCACAAAAGCAAAGUGAACCUUCAACAGGGAGGUUAAAACAAACACACGGCAUCAACAGGCCUUCAGAAUGUGUCUCGGCGAGAAAACGAAAUGUCACAAAUUCCCCUGAAUCUUCUCCAGCCCCCAAAAAAACGGAGCAUCUGUUAUCUGAUGAAGAAUUUUCCAGUAAGGAAAAGAAACCAGUGCAACAAGUUCAUCAUAAGAAACAUGGGAAGUAUUAUAAAAAAUCACCAAAGCGCUCACCAAAGCGCUCUAAGAAGGGAAGAGAGGCACAGGGGAUGCGAACCAGAGAAGCAAGACAGCGUGAUGAGGCACAGAAGGGCAAAAGCAGCUCAAAGCCUUUUCUCAGAUCUCAACAGUCUAGCCAGAAAGCCCACACAAACAAAGGCAGCGCCAUUAUUCCACAAGAUGAAGAUGAGUGGACUGAGGCAGAGCUUAUGGCUCUGCAGAAGGCUGUGUCCUACUAUCCUAAGUACGCAACGGGUUAUUGGGCAAACGUAGCGAGGAUGGUAGGAACACGUUCUGCAGAAGAGUGCCACAAACAACACACGUCUCUGGGAACAUAUCGCAGUCCCGCUAAAAGAGCCAGUAAAAAGGUGGCAGCACCUAAACCUCCAGUUGCAGAGCGUCCAGUGAUAUCUGCCCGAGUGGGAACCUUGAAGAGAAAGCAGCAGGUGCGUCAGUUCCUCGAGUCCCAGCCCAGAGAGGACAUGGAUGAUGCUUUUAGCUCAGCGUACAUGCAGAAUAAACGCUUUGAGAUCCCCUCCCUGUGUCUGAGUGACGAUUGCAACUUUCAGAUGUCGGACAUGGAACCGCAGACCCCGAUGUCAUCACACUACCCUGAGGUGAAGACUCCUCAGUGUCUGCUUAUCACUCCUGGCAUGAUGGGAUCUCCGAAUGCAAACCGUGAUGAUAAAUAUGUCUAUCAACUACAAAAAAGGAUGAAAAAGAAUCAGUUUGAUGUGUGCAAGAACUCCCCUUCUUCAAAGAAGUUUACACCCACACCAUCAUUGAAACGAAGAAUGAGACGAUGUGGUAACACAGAAAACGACUCCCUCGUUGUUUUUGAAAUGCUGGGAGAAAACAAUGGAGCCCCCUCUGAAAGUGAAGAGGAGGAGGAUUACUACUUCUCAGAUAAUUGAUUGCAGGCGGAGUUUAACACUCGAAUCCCAAUGAGUUUAACAUACUACAGAUGUGACUUUGCCUUUUUUUUUAUCAUCAAAUGUACAGAUAGGAUUAAAAUUUGAAUACAUUUGUUUGCAAAAUGAAUAAAUAAAACCCACCUUGACUGAUUCUCGUGACUUCCAUUAACUCCCUGUAAAUGUUUCUUGUUUAAAGUCUUUUUUUAGACUUGUUUUUAAUUUCCUGAUUAAUAAACUUUGUUUUUUCU